AUGUCAAGUCAAAAGUAUUUGCGUAUCAAAGAAGACAUUGAUGACAAAGAUGAUGACAUCCCUCUAUGGCGGAAGUUGUGUUUCGCUGUAGGUGGCGCCCCCUACCAGAUAACAACCAAUGUGAUAGGUUUCUUCUUCAGUAUAUUUCUACUUGAAGUUGCAGAGAUUGAACCCAAAUAUGUGUCAAUAAUUUUAUUUGGUGGAAAAGCCUGGGACGCCAUAACGGAUCCAACAUGCGGUUAUCUAGUGCACAGAUCACCAUUCACAAAAUUUGGUCGUAUGAAGCCUUGGAUAUUACUUUCUACUCCGUUUGCAUGUGCCGCAUACUAUGGUUUGUUCUACGUGCCAGAUAUAUCGGAAGAAGCAAAGUUCGGAUACUAUUUUGCCAUGUUCUGCUUGUUCGAGGGACUACUUUCUGGUUUGCAUGUACCGUACACCUCGCUCACUAUGUACAUCAGCUCCAAACAGAAGGAAAGAGACUCUGCCACAUCAUACAGAAUGGUAUCAGAAGCCAUUGGCGUGCUUCUUGCGGUGAUUGUGCAGGGCAAGUUGGUUGAGAAGUACAGAACGGCUGGCGAAUGCUCCAAACCUGAAUCCACCGUAUCACCACAUUCAAUUGAUGAUCAGAAAUGGUCCUACACCUUGGGUUCCAUCAUCGUCAUUGGCAUAUAUGUGUUGUGUACUUUAAUAGUCUUCUUUGGUGUUAAAGAAAAGAGAGGACUGGUUGAAGACAAGAACUCGGCGUCGUAUUUCCGUGGCUUGAAGACAGUCAUUACAUAUGGACCUUACAUUAAGGCUGCUAUGGCAUUCCUCUUCAUCAGCAUAGCCAUCGGAGUUGUGCAAGGAAAUCUAGCUUUAUACUGCACCCACGCAUUAAAAAUGGGGGACAAAUUCUCAGAUUUCAUUUUAGUUGUUCUUGGUACAUCCAUUGUGAGCAUGCCGAUAUGGCAGUGUAUACUGAUUAAAUUUGGCAAGAAGACUGCGUAUGCUGUGGGCAUAAGUAUAUUUAUACCUGUACUAAUAAGUCAUCUCUACCUGCCGGCAGGAAACGAGUAUAUUUAUUAUGUCGUAGUCGCCAUAGCAGGACUCGGUAUUUCUGUAUCAUUGCUGCUGCCAUGGUCUGUCCUGCCAGAUAUUCUGGACUUGUUUAUGUUGGAAACUAAAACUAGAAAAGAUCCUAUAUUUUACUCUUUUUACGUCUUCUUCAACAAGUUAGCCAUCGGUCUUGGCUUAGGGAUAUCACAGGUUGCACUUCAAUUCGGAGGAUAUGAGACUGGUGCCUGUACACAACCCAAGUCUGUGGAGUUGACUCUACGUCUGCUGGUAGCCUGUCCAGUGGUAUUUGUUCUUAUUGCCCUUCUGUUUCUCUGGCGCUAUCCGAUAGAUGAGAAGAAACGUGAGCAGAUCAGAGAGGACAUUCUUAACAUGAUGUGA